UUUCUAUAAAAACUUAGGCAGAUUUUGAAAAAUAUUAUCAAACUUACUUUGGUAGUUAUUCAAUAAACAUCAAAAAAUUCCAAAAUGAAAUUCUUCAUUGUUGCCUUGGCUUUGGUUGCCGCCGUUAUGGCUGAUGUCUCCGAAUUGUCGUCGGGUUAUGACUAUCAUGCCCCAGCUCCUUCGGCUCCUGUUAACACCUAUAUUCCUCCAGCUGCUUCGGAGCCCGUCAACACUUAUGUUCCUCCAGUAGCUGCCUCGGAACCCGUCAACACCUAUGUUCCUCCUGUAGCUGCCUCUGAACCCGUCAACACUUACAUCCCACCCGCAGCUGCCUCGGCUCCUCAACCAACUGUUGAAUUGGCCGAUGAUGGUUAUCGUUACAAGACCCACCGUCGUGUUGUCUACCGUAAACGUUUCUAAAUCGCAGAUUUUGGUAUUUUUUGAUAGUGUGUUGUUGACUCUUUAAUAAAUGUUAUAUUUGUAUAG